CCAUAGGGUUUUAGUUUCUUCUUGCCAGUGCUACCGUCGACGCGCACGUUUGUCGCGCUUCUUCCCGCUUUUCCCGGCAGUCCACCUCGUUACUUGACCGACCUCUGGACGACGACCCGUCGUCGUGCACCCAGGAGGAACGCUCCUCGUGUCAUAUUGUUCCGAUACACAAUGAGUCGAACGGUUAUGCUGCUAUUGGGAGCUGUAACUGUCGUUGCAGCCGAGGAGAUGAUAGCGGUCGUUCGUCUGACACCGAACGACGUUAACAUGAAGAACGUCACGGGUAACCUGAAGAUCGUUCAGUCCGUGCGGAAUGGGCCCGUAACCAUCACCGGAAAGAUCUACGGUCUUUCGGAGGGACUUCACGGCUUCCACGUGCACGAGAAGGGCGAUCUGACCGACGGCUGUAUCUCCGCGGGGGCGCACUUCAAUCCUGAGAACGUAACUCAUGGCGCGCCGGAAGACAACGUCAGACACGUCGGCGAUCUGGGAAACGUCCAAGCGAAUUCCGAAGGAGAGGCGGUGGUGAAUAUCACCGACAACAUCAUCUCCUUGAACGGUCCGAACAAUAUUCUGGGACGAUCCUUCGUCGUCCACUCCGGCGAGGAUGACCUCGGCAAAGGCAACAGCACUCUUUCGUUGACGACCGGCAACUCCGGGGACCGUUGGGCUUGCGGUGUCGUUGGCAUCCAGUAGGUUAUGCCCUCGCGAAUUGCAUACUUUUUCUCGUUUCCGCUUAUUAUCCGCGAGUUAUUCGCCACGUUAUUUGUCACGUCGUGUAUCCGUUGCCUCGACUUACAAACAGCUCUGUCCGUCAUCGUACGUGUAUUUGCCACUCGUAACUCGCCAGAAUUGCCAUUUCCAGAUUGCCAUUUCCCCGGUGGAGCGCGACGACAUUAAAUUCACCGUCGAUUUGCUUUCUGCUUGUUUAUCAAUUUGUUACUAAAUAUUCGCUCGUUGCAAUUUGGCCGCGCAAGCACAUCCCGCAAGCACGGAUGAAGCGAAAUAUUCUCGCCCGGCGUUAGCAAAUGCUCUUUUUCUUCACGUUAAUUGUGACGUCGCACCAUGUGACAAUACGGUGUUAAUUAUUAUUUUGUCAUGUCAUUAUUACAAUCGCUGUUGUAACGUCGUUUAUGUGUCAUGUCAUCGUUGUCGGUUGAAUCGGUGAUGUCGAGCGAAAAUAGUCGCGAGCGCGCAGCGCUCCAGGAUCGCACGC